AGGCGGAGGGAGAUGCAGAGGGAGGCGGUGCUGAGUGUCCUCCAGUCAUCCUCUCAGCUCUCUCUGUUCACUAGGUUGCUGCAUCUGAACGGUGGCAGACAGUAACAGUAACCGGCGGUUAAAUGACAUCACAAUUCAUGUGAGGUGGAAACGGACCAUUUUAAACCACGACCUUAAACCUCUGGAUUUUGUUUCGCACGGGAUAUUUUCCCUUAUUUAGUCGUGUUGGAGGAAUAUUUUCCCUUAAUGUUAAAUUCCCCUCUGUGAGACCUUUUUCCAUUAACGGUCUUUUUUUUCCAGAGCUAGCUUCAAACCAUACCCGGCUCAUGUUCUGUAGUUAGCGAGCUAAACCAGCGGAGGCUCAAACAGAGACGAUCUUUAGCUAAUGCUUUUUCCUUUAACAGAAAUGUGGCUUAUGUUCCUUCCCAUGAGGUAGCCAGAACAGCCGUUGGCAUCUCAAACAGCUGGCUCGUGUGGAGAAGAUUGUGGAUUACCGUUCCCCCCCUCCUCCAGUAUCUCAGAGAAAGCCCGGACCCGGUUCUUCAGAGGCCAUCAUGAGCGUCGUUUUAAUACAAUCAAGUACAUGAGUGGAGUGAGAACAAACACUUCUUCCUCUCAAGGACUGCUCAUUCUUUAAACGGCGCCAGUUGAUCUGGGAAAUAUGGAAAGCGAGGUUUUCACUCCUUUGCUGGAGCAGUUUAUGCAAACGCCUCUGGUGUGCUGGGUGAAGACAGUCGGGCAGGCGACAUUGACGGAUGGCACCCAGUUAUCGGAAUAUAUUGAAUUAGUGGAUGGGAUUUACCUGAACGAGAUAAUGCUUGAGAUAAAUCCUAAGGCCACGGUGCAGAGGACCAACAAGAAGGUGAACAAUGACCCCACACUGCGCAUCCAGAACCUUUCUGUUCUCAUCAGACAGAUUAAAGCCUACUAUCAGGAGACUCUCCAGCAGCUGGUGAUGAUGCCUUUACCAAAUGUGUUGGUCCUGGGCCGGAACCCUCUGUCUGAGCAAGGUCUGGAGGAGGUGGAAAAGCUGUUGCUGCUGCUACUAGGCUGUGCUGUCCAGUGUGAGAAGAAGGAAGAGUACAUUGAGUGUAUCCAGACUCUGGACUUUAACACCAAAGCUGCCAUAGCAUCCCACAUCCAAGAGGUGACUCAUAAUCAGGAGAACGUGGUGGACCUGCAGUGGUUGGAAAGUGGGGAAAUGCCUCCUGAGGACCUGGAUGGCCUCUCCAGAAACCUGGCUUUCCACCUCAAACGCCUGGUGGAUGAGAGGGACACACAGCUGGAGACUAUAGUGGAGUUAACCCAGGAGAGAGACUGCGUGCAGCUGUCUCCACUGGCUCCCUGGCCGACCCAGUCUCCCAGUGACUCCCCCAGUAUGAGGAGGACCGAAAGCCGACAGCACCUCUCUGUGGAGUUGGCUGAUGCCAAGGCCAAGAUCAGACGCCUUCGACAGGAACUGGAGGAGAAGAGUGAGCAGCUUUUGGACACCAGGCAGGAGCUUGAGAACAUGGAAGUGGAGCUCAAGAGGCUUCAGCAAGAGAGCUUCCAGUUGGCGUCAGAUGCCCGGUCGGCGCGGGCCUAUCGCGACGAGCUGGAUGCGCUCAGAGAGAAAGCGAUCCGCGUCGACAAACUGGAGAGCGAGCUGAGCCGAUACAAGGAGAGGCUUCACGACAUUGAGUUUUACAAGGCCAGAGUGGAGGAGCUGAAGGAGGACAACCUGGUCCUGUUAGAGACUAAGAGCAUGUUGGAGGAGCAGCUGGAUGCUAGCAGGACACGCUCCGACAAACUGCACCUCCUGGAGAAAGAGAGUCUGCAGCUCAAAUCCAAGAUCCAUGACUUUGAGAUGGAGCGGGACAUGGACCGUAAACGUAUGGAGGAGCUGUUGGAGGAGAACCUUGUGCUUGAGAUGGCCCAGAAACAGAGCAUGGACGAGUCGCUGCACCUGGGCUGGGAGCUGGAGCAACUAUCCAAGACGCCAGAUCUGACUGACGCCCCUCAGAAGUCUCUGGGCGCAGAGGUGAAUGAGCUGACCUCGAGCCGCCUGCUGAAGCUGGAGAAAGACAACCAGACCUUGCUGAAGACUGUGGAGGAGCUCAGGGGAGCAGCCAGUCAGGACACUGUGACAAAACUGGCCAAAGUCAGCCAGGAAAACCAGAAACUGAACCAGAAAUUGGAGCAGCUGGGGGGGGAACUGACAGCAGACAGAGAGUCGCUCCGCACCGCUGAAUCACUCAGUACGGACCUGAUGAAGGAAAAGGCUUUACUGGAGAAGACUCUGGAAACACUCCGAGAAAACUCUGAGAGACAGCUGAAGGGUCUGGAGCAGGAGAACAAGCACCUGUGCCAGACGGUGUCGUCUCUGCGCCAGCGCUGCCAGGUCGGAGCUGAGGCCCGGGUCAAGGAUGUGGAGAAAGAGAAUCGCGUUCUCCACGAGUCCAUCUGCGAGACAACCGCCAAACUUAAUAAGAUGGAGUUUGAAAGGAAACAACUACGUAAGGAGCUUGAAGUGGUGAAGGAGAAAGGUGAGAGAGCAGAAGAGUUGGAGAUUCAGAUGCAGAAGCUAAAAAGGGACAAUGAGAGCCUGCAGAAGAAAGUUGCCAGUCUUGGAAUCACCUGUGAAAAGGUGUCUUCCUUGGAGAAGGAGAACGCUGACCUGGAGGCAGAGGGCCGUCGUCUGAAGAAGAAGCUGGACACUCUGAAGAACAUGGCCUUCCAGCUGGAGAUGCUGGAAAAGGAAAACUCCCAGCUGGAGCAUGAAAACCUGGAGCUUCGGCGCUCGGCUGAGAGUCUCCGGUCAGCGGGGGCUAAGGCUGCUCAGCUGGAAGCCGAGAACCGGGAGUUGGAGAGUGAGAGGAGCCAGAUGAAGCGCAGCCUGGAGCUGCUCAAAGCCUCGUCCAAAAAGACGGAGAGAUUAGAGGUGAGUUACCAGGGCCUAGAUACAGAGAACCAGCGCCUGCAGAAGGCAUUAGAGAACAGCAGCAAGAAGAUUCAACAGUUGGAGGUCGAGCUGCAAGAGGUGGAGACUGAGAAUCAAACCCUCCAACGCACCCUGGAGGAGCUCAAGAUCUCCAGUAAACGCCUAGAGCAGCUGGAGCAAGAGAACAAGACUCUGGAGCAGGAAAGCUCCCAGCUAGAGAAAGACAAGAAGCUUCUGGAGAAGGAGAACAAGCGGCUGAGGCAGCAGGCCGAGAUCCGUGACUCCAAACUGGAUGACGACAACCAGCGGAUCUCCGCCUUGGAGAAAGAGAACCGGACCAUGGGCAAGGAGAUGAUCUUCUUCAGGGACUCCUGCACGAGAGUCAAAGACCUGGAGAGGGAGAACAAGGAGCUGGUCAAACUGGGCACUAUCGAUAAGAAGACCCUCAAUGCACUCAGAGAGGAGCUUGUGAGUGAGAAGCUGCGGACUCAGCAGAUGACUAAUGAUCUGGAGAAACUGACCCAUGAGUUGGAGAAGAUUGGACUGAACAAGGAGAGGCUGCUGCAUGACGAGAGCUCUGACUACAGGUUCAAGCUCCUGGAAACCAAACUGGAGUCGACUCUGAAAUCAUCUUUGGAGAUUAAAGAGGAGAAGAUCGCCGCCCUAGAGGCCAGACUGCAGGAGUCCUCCAACCUCAACCAGCAACUUCGCCAGGAGCUCAAGACAGUGAAGAAAAACUACGAGGCGCUGCGUCAGAGAGAGGAGGAGGAGAGGAUGGUGCAUAGCUCGCCCCCUAGAGGAGGGGAGGAGCCUCAGGUUGUCAGUAAGUGGGAGAAAGAGAGUCACGAAGCCACCAGAGAACUGCUGAAAGUCAAAGACCGACUCAUUGAGGUGGAGAGGAAUAAUGCCACACUGCAGGCAGAGAAGGCGGCCCUGAGGAGCCAGCUCAAACAGCUGGAAACUCAGAGCUCUAACCUGCAGGCUCAGAUAGUGGCCGUUCAGAGACAAACGGCUUCUUUACAGGAGAACAAUACAACGCUACAGACGCAGAACGCCAACCUGCAGGUGGAGAACUCCACCUUGAGCUCGAAGAGUGCGGCCCUCAUGGCUCAGAACGCCCAGCUGCAGAGCCAGCAGAGCAGUGUGGAGGGCGAGCGCGAGGGAGCUCUGAAGGAGAAAGAGGAGCUGAGGUCCACCUACGAGCUGCUCCUGCGCGAUCACGAGAAGCUGGCGGCGCUCCACGAGAGGCAGGCGGCCGAGUACGAAGCCCUGAUCGGAAAGCACGGGGGCCUGAAGAGCUCCCACAAGAGCCUGGAGCAGCAGCACAGGGACCUAGAGGACAAGUACAAGCAGCUCUUGCAGAGAAAGGGAGAGCUGGAGGAUCUGGAGAAAAAUCUGAAGGAGCAGCAGGACAAAAUAGCGCUGGAGAACCAAACUCACCAAGCCACAGCUGACCAGUACAAACAGCUCAAAGAAGAAAAUGAUAGGCUGAAUAACACCUACCGUCAGCUGGUGAAGGACAACGACAAUCUCCAGCUGGACCAUAAGAACGUAAAGAGCCAGCUGAAUAGCGCCAAGCUGGACCAGACCAAGCUGGAGGCCGAAUUCUCUAAACUGAAGGAGCAGUACCAGCAGCUGGACAUCACCUCCACCAAGCUCACCAACCAGUGUGAGUUGUUGAGCCAGCUGAAAGGAAACCUGGAGGAGGAGAAUCGCCACCUGUUGGACCAGAUCCAGACUCUGAUGCUACAGAAUCGCACGCUGCUGGAGCAGACCAUGGAGAGCAAGGACCUGUUCCACGUAGAGCAAAGACAAUACAUAGACAAACUGAAUGAGCUGAGGAGACAGAAAGAGAAGCUGGAGGAGAAGAUCAUGGACCAGUAUAAGUUCUAUGACCCCUCACCUCCACGCAGGCGUGGCAACUGGAUCACUCUGAAGAUGAAGAAGCUGAUCAAGCCGAAGAGCCGGGAGAGGAUGCGCUCUCUCACGCUGACUCCCUCCCGUUCAGAGUCCGGCGACGGUUUCCUGGUGUUUCCACCGGAUAGCCAGGACAGCUCGUCCAUAGGCUCUGGCUCCAACUCGCUGGACGACACACUCACACAAAAGAGGAGCAGCACUAUAAAAAGGUUGCCUUUCAUGAGGAACAGAUCCAAGGACAAAGACGAGGCCAAGGCCAUCUACCGGCGCUCUAUGUCCAUGAAUGACCUGUUGCAGACCAUGGCGGUGGCAGGUGGUCCAGGGGCUCAGUGGGCGAGCAGCAUCGAGAACCUAGACGGCGCCGAGGCGGGAGAUGCCGGCAUGACAGGGAGCAGCAGGCGCGGCGGGCAGCGCAUGAAGGAGCUCGCCUUUUCCACCAACGCCAUCGACUGUGCCGCCCUCACCUUGCCCACCGCAGGGCAUAGCAGGGCCAAGCACCGGCUCCAGGUCAAAGAUAAUGCUUCCUGUGAGGAUGUCGCCGGCUCCUUAGACGACCCCAAGAGUCAAGACCUGCAGGUGUAUAGCAGUGCUCUGUGUCCUUCUCCUGUUGAGCUGAUGUGCAGAGUGCCCUUUAGCAUCUGUUCCUGCAGACCCACCAGUCUCCAUAGCAACAGGACCACCAGUAGUAAUAUUAACAAUAACUCCCACCUCACUUCUCCUUUGGAGGGAAAAGGGAUGUUGAACGGCAGCCUCAGCAGGCCUCACAGUGAGAGCAGCGGAGAGUUCAGCCUGAGUCUGGACCAGGAGGUGUGGUCCAGCAGCGGCAGCAGCCCCGUCCAGCAGCCCAACUCCUUGCGCUCCUCCCACCAGAGCCCCCUGCAGCUGCGCAGGUUGCUCGACCCGCCCGCCGCCGCAGGCAGCCCCGGCCAGACCCAGGUCAGGAAGACGGGAUCCCCAGCUAACGAGGUGCUUUCCCUGCAGCAGUUCCUGGAUGAGGGUAUAGAUCCUGCAGAGUCUGGCAGUCAGGAGAACCUCACUGUAGACUCUCCUCGCCUCUCCACUUUCUCUGAGCAUGUGCAGAAAGAACUUACUUCCACCAAGGGACGAGGCAUAUUACGCUCAUCCAGUGGGAAAGCAGCGCUCAUCAGCUCUGAUCGCCCACCGAGAUCCACCGGACCACCAAGUCGCCCAACCCUGCGUAAGGCGGAGAGCACCCGUGUGAGAGGCUCUGCCCCGGUCCGCUCCAGCCUGUCAUCGCAGGGCAAAGCCACGUCCGUGUCCGGACGCCUGGAUGUGGCUUCCUCCACGCUGCCCCGGGCCAGCAGCGUCAUCUCCACUGCCGAGGGCACCACACGCCGCACCAGCAUCCACGACCUGCUGUCAAAGGACAACCGGCAGCCCGUGUCCGUCGACCCCUCUCCUCCCGUCGCCUCCACCGAGGCUGGGGUACGCUCCCAGCCUACACCCAGUGAGUACCACCCCAACAGCACCAGCCUAAAGGGACCCCUCACCACCACCACCCCCCUGCCCAAGUCACUCAGCUUACCUUGCCGUAGCUUGGAGGAUCCCGACCUCUCCACCCUCGAAUCUUUCCUGGGCCCUUCCUUCACUGUAGAGUCGGUGUUCAUGGACUCCAUUUUUAGUGAGUCGGCGGGCAAAAACCUCCCCUUCCUGUCUCUAAACCCCACCCUAGUCAGCAACAUCAGUGGGCCUCCUGCUACUAAUAAAACACACCCUCCUCCUGUCCCCAGCCAUAUAUCCACCCAAGACCAGGCCCCUCACAGCCAAUCAAAUGGCCAGAUGAGAUUCAGCCCAGCCAGUCUGGAAGAGUGUAACGAGGGUGUUGAUCCCAGUCGUGUGAAUAAUUCGGAGCAGUCACUGAGCCCAGAGGACAAGCAGUCUCUGUGGUAUGAGUAUGGCUGUGUGUGAAUGACAGGCAGAUCUUUUCACCAGACUUGGCGUAAAGAGGGGAGAAUGAAAAGAUGACAAAUUCUCCUCCUCUGCAUGUAUUUAUUGGAGCACUAUCUCUGUGUGGUGUAAUUGUUUCGUUCUUUUCUGUUUGCCAUGGUGCUGAUUGGUCAAUCGCUGGGUUUUUUUGUUGGUUUUUUUUGUCACUUCCUGUUUUCUGCCUUGUUUUUUUCUCCACGGUGGGAUUUUGAUGAAUGUUCUUUCAUCCAACAGCCAUAUUAUUGUUUCCUCAUCAGAUCUGUUUCACUGGCUAACACUAUACUAUUAUCUGCAGUUUGGGGUUAAUACAUCACAGUUGAGGUGUAGUAUUUGUGUUUAUAGCUUAAAGGGGACAUAUCAUGAAAAACUCACUUUUUCAGUGCUUGUGCACAUCCGUCUGGAGUGUCUACCAACCCACAAACUGUGAAAGAAGACAACCCAGUCAGUUUUUUGUCUAGAUCAGAAAACAUGUGAUUUCAACAAGCCAAUCAGAUUUGUCUCCCCUUCCUAUGUCACAUGCAGGAACAUUAGAAUAUACCGCCCACAGCUGGAGCACCUUGGCAAAGGUGCUCCCAUAGAAAUAGAAUAUAGGAGUAGAACGGACAUUCUCGUUUAAAUCAACCAAGCAGGAUGGUCAGAGUGGCGACCAUUUUUAUGUGUACCGUUGCCAUAGCGACCGUUGUAGCAGGCUGCCUUGCGCAAAAACUAAGCCAACUAGUGGCAAGUCGCAGACUCACUGAGAUGACUAAACAAGCAGUGGAGUAGUAACGUUAUGAAGCACAACUUAAUGUUUCAUCCACACACUCACAGCAGAGGAAAGCUCAUUGAGUGAUCAUCUGAGUGAUCAUCUUUGUCCGCUCGUUUUCUGUAUGCAGUGUGGCAUUGAAGCAUGGUGGAAUUAGCAAUAGCUAGCUAGCGGACAGCUGGCCGGUUAGCUCUUGCGCCAGGCUUUGAUGCUGCACUGAUUACGGAAAAAUGAGCAGAAUAGCGGGCUGGUGGCUGGCAUGCCGGUGGCCGGCAGGCCGGUGGGCCGGUGGCCAGCGGCAGCGCCAGGUCUAAACGAUCCCUUUACCUGGAGACAAGCUACCUAGCUAACUAAGCCAGUUGUCUCUGGGAGCUGCGUCCGUUCUCUUCCUGGCAAGCUGUGACCACACACUUCACUGCCCACUUCUGUCGGCUCCGUUAUCACCAUAACAACUAACAAUUAUCGGCGUUUUCUUUUGUACUAGUCAAAUUACCCCAGCAAACAGUUCAGUGACCCUUCUACUCCUAUUUUAUUUCUAUGGGUGCACCAUAUUUCUCUAGCAAGCCAAUCAGAACAGACUGGGGGUCUUAAAGAGACAGACGCUGAAAUGGAGCAUUUCAGACGGAGGGGGAAUCCAGGUAUAUUCAGACAGACAGGAGGAGAAAGACUGGGUGUUUUUGAACAUUACAGCAUGUAAACAUGUUCUACUAGAAACCCAAACUACAAGUAUGAACCUGAAAAUGAGCAUGAUAUGUAGAAAUAGUAGUCUCUGAUAGAGCAAAGCAUUGCGGGACAGAUCUCGUAGCUGCAAUUUCUUCAUUACAAAUCCUAAUGAAAAUGUUUCCAUGUGUCAGAUAAUAGAUUGACUUUCUACCCACUCUCUGUUUAUGAUGAUGUUUGGGUGACUGUCUGGUUCACUGCUUUCUAACUCGGUUGCAUCGUCCACUAAAUUGCACGGCUUUGUUCUGUCCGACCUGGAAUGCUAAUUUUGAUUGCUGUGAUCAAAAUGUUUAUCUUCUUUUUGUUUGUAUUAAUGGUAGUUAUGGUUUGUUUUUGUAUAUUUGACACCUUUUCUGUAUUUUCUUUUAUAUAAUAUUAACGGGAGCAUUUGCUCUGCGGGUUUUGAUCUGGUGGGUCUUAACUGACAUCUUGGGCUGAUGACAAAAUGAUGAAGCUUCAUUCCCUAAAUGAUCUGAGGGAAGGUAUGGUUGGUUAGUGAAAGGUGACAGAUAAGGUAGUGGAGGGUGACCAGGGUGUAGGGCUGUCCAGAAUACGAGUGAUGGCGAGAUAGAGCUUCAUGAAGCUAUGAAGCUCUCCAGCAAAUAGAUUUUCAAAAGGGUUCAUUUCACGAGGCUUCAUCUGGGCUUCAUGUGCACACAAAACAGUAAAACAGGCCGAUAUAUUCCAGAUAUGUGGCAGUGGUUUAACCGGGCACAGGGCAGUGAAUGUGCUUGUGUAACUAUAGGAAAAUGACUAGAGAUGUUUUUAUUCAGGAAUAGUAAAUUCUCAACUGUAUUUCAUCUUCGGGCGUCUUCAAUGACAUCAUUAGUCUAAAACGAUAAAGCCUCGAUACGCGCUUCACAGAAAACUUCCUGGAUUACUCGACACGCUGCGUAGCCUCGGCACAGCCCGUAACAUCACUACAGAAUACAAUUUUGGCCUCAAAACUUCGGUGAGAAAUAUAUGAAUGUAUUGGAAGUUUUGUGUUCUUCUUACUGUCGUCACUGCUAUACACACGUGCACGUCUAAACACAACAAACAGCGAUAUCCGUCUGAGAAUAACUACUAACAAUUAAUGUUGAAUAUGAGUAAUGAAUAAUGUUGUGGAUUAUUCAUUAUUUCAUGGGCAUUUGGGGAUUUAUACAUUAUUAUUACAUACUUUUAUAUAAAAAAGAGGAAGAAAAAAAACCUUGAAGCAUUUGAAUAGUGAUUUGGAGAUUGAUUACCAUGGCAACGGUCAAAGCUUGGAAGCAUUCGGGUCAUCCCUACCAGGGUGAUUAUUAUGUUUUCAUUUAAGGCAACCAUUUAUAGUUAUUAUAUAGUAAGUUGAGAAUAGUUUUCAGUGGUCAGAUUGUUUUGUGAAUGAAGCAAACAUCAUUUCUUUUGGUGUCUGGAAACUUGUAUUUACUCACUGCGACGCACCACAACUUGAGAAUGGAUCAUUUUUGAUUAUGUAUUUUAGACUGACAAGAUCUUGUACAGAUUGUUGUAAUCAUUAACUUCUAAUCAAAGACGAGCACUGCUUCCUGUGCCGAUACUAGUAGUCCUGUCCUCCUCUACAUCCUUAUUUAUUUCUGCUUUGUACUCUACUUGCUGUUUAGAAGCUGUUUUAAUGUAUUUAUCUUAAUCCACAGUAUAUGCAGUAAAGUGUAAAUGGACAUUUCUUGUCACUGUUUACAGAUGUAACAUAAACACUGCCUUUGUCCUACAGAUGUGGAGGGCAGAAAGGCUAAAAGCAGGAGCGGGGAGCCGCAGCAAAGCUGCUAAGCCCCGCCCCCACCACCCUCGUCUGUCUGCUACCAUGCUGUGAGUGCGUGGUGAGUGAGCGCUGCUCGAGCGGGAGGAAGAGGGAUCGGGGUGGGGGGGUCGUUCUUGUCUCCAUGGGAACAUAAAACAUGGUGUAACAGAUGUCGUCCAUCCUGCCGUGCACUUGCUUCCCCUGCUUCUCCCCCCGUCCCCCCUCACUGUCCUGUCCGUCGCCCCACCGUCCCUGUGGUGCCAAACGCCUGUUCACAGAGCCUGAUGGGACCCCGGUCUGCAUGGCAUAUGGGCCGCUGUUACUCUGAGGGGCUGAACGCUUUGCCUGUUUGUGUCCCCAAAUCCCAACAAGAGGAGGUAUGUGACUCCAGUACGUCAGCGUGUCCCUCCUCCAUGAUGCUCCUUGUGUUGUUGGUGAAGGUGACUGCUGAGUGAUGGUCCUACUGGUGAACAAAAUAGACCCUUUGUUGUUUUCAGGCUGCUUGUUGUUGCUGCAUGGCUUCAGUGUAGUGCUGAAAUCCUUCCCCCUUCUCGUUCCCCUGACAAUGCAUGUAGAUCCAGGCUGGCUGCUUCCUUCUGUCUCCUCUUGUAUAUCACUGUCUACGGAUACACUUUCUGACUUUUAAUCUUCUUUUUUCUGUCUCUUUUACUUUGUGUAAUGUUCUUUUUUGUUUCUUUCAACUUUCUAAUCUGUGUCCUUUUCUUUCUUCUCUUACUCUUUCAUCUCCUAUUUGCUUGCCUGGGACUCAAAGAGAAAGGUGGCCUUGGAGCUGUGUGUCUGAAGCCUAGUAAAGUUAAUCUGCUGAGUCUGUCUACAGUGAGAAAAGAUUGUAUAUCCAAGUUUUCCUCCCUUUUUGUUUGUUUUUUUCAACCCGGGACACUUCAGUAGAGAAAAGUGGCUUCCUUCUCUGUUUACUUUUUCUUCCUUGAAUCAAGGAAACAGAAAAAUCCUAGGAAAUGUUGCUGUGACAGUUUCUUUUCUUCUAUAAAGACUAAAGCUGUGGCAGAUUCCACUGCCACAUGUCCUUCAGUGUGACGGACUGCUAGAUGUGCACUAGUCUCUACGGACUAAAAUACAUGCCAAUGUUCACACAACAGCCAAAAGGGCGAUCUUAAACCAGACUGAUGGAUCAUCUGUGCAACUUCAAAGUCAGCCGGACCUCCCUCUGCCCAACGCCAUGAUCAUAAAAUGUCUUUUUAUGAGUGGGCAGCACGGACAAGCAAAGACGACUUUCAGUCAGACUCGUACACAUCAUUUUCAGAGCAUGUCUGCACCGAACAUUUCCCACUCAACCUGCUUUCGGACUGAAGAAUCACAAUCUGCAUAGAGCAAUCAAUCAGCCCACUUCCUUUGUCCAAUCAGAGAGGAGGACGACGUUCAGUGGGGACUGCACUUGGACAGGAAGCCAUGAUUGGCGUCUGUUGCCUGCCAAUCACGACUGAUGGCUGUGUGAUCUGAGAGAGACUAAUCAUGGGAGUUUUCCAGGUCACCUAUAUAACAGUUGGCAGCCAUGGCUCAUGCCACCACACACACACACACACACCCUGAAAUAAACUACACACUCUUCAUCCUACAGUAGCUUAAAUCAUAUAUCAUCUAAAUCAUCUCAUUUAUCGCUCCCCAUCCUGCCAUGAGAAGGAAAGACAGUGAAAGCACACUUCCAGUUAACUUCAUACAGUAUGGUGCAUUUACUUCCCUCAGUAUACUGUAGGUGACCUGUGACCUACCCUGUACGUGCACAUUGCUGUUGCUGUGUUGAACAUGAUGGUGAUGAUGAGACCCAGUGUUUUCCUCCUUUUCCACUUUUUACAUAAAUCCAUUUGAUGUAAUUAAAAUCCAUCAAGACUA